GUCACUGGGUGUUGGUUGCUAUGGAUCUUUCGAGACUAAUGGUGUAUUAUCUCGAUUCGUUAUCGGGUGAUUGGAGUAAAUAUCCGAGUAUGAAGAAGACGGUUGACGCGGCAAUACUAAAAUUUAGAUCGAAAAAGAAUUACCGUAAUAGGAAGGACAUUACCUGGAUCAGAGUUCAGUGUCCUCAGCAAAACAAUUCGGUCGAUUGCGGAUUUUUUGUAUUGAGAUUUAUGAGAGAUAUCAUUGCGUUGAAUCGUAUAGACAUCCCAAAAAUGUACUUUGAGGAAUACAAAUCUUACUCAAGAGCUCAUUUGGAUGAAAUGAAGGAUGAAUUGUGUCAAUUCAUUGUUGAUCAAAGAAUCAUAUAGCUAGGUUGUAUAUUGUUGUACAUAUAUGUAUGGAAUGUUGUUGUUGUA